AUGCAUCUCUCUUAUGUUGUCCUCGAUGUCACUUUAGUUCCAGACUCCUUUAAGGCGCUCAAAACUCUGCAUCUUCUAUCCAUACGGUACAAAGGCAAUGAUAAUGAAUCCUUUACAAGACUUUUAUCCAAAUGCCUUGUCCUUGAAGAUUUGCAAAUAGAGUACCAUGAUGCUACACAAACUUUUACUGUAGAGGUUCCUUCCUUACAAAGCUUAUCCAUCAUACGUUCACCAAGCCAAUGUUUUUGCUUGAAUACUCCGUCUUUGAAGCACUUGAGGAUUGAAGCGUGUAUUAUGAGAUUGUGCAACAUUCAAAAGAUGCCUCAAAUUGUAACAGCUGAUAUUAAUAACUUAAUACAAACCGAUCUGCGGGACAUUCCGGGGUCUCUCACAUCUGUUAAACAUCUCUCUUUAUGCUUGAUUGCUCCUCAAGGACAGAUCUUUAACCAGCUUCAUCAUCUAAGUUUUUGGACAUGUUAUCGAGAUUGGCCGAGUUAUCUCAAGUGGAUCAUAGAAGCUUCCCCUAAGCUACAAACUCUCAAACUCUACCAUCAUGAUCACUCGACUCUGCCAAAUAUGCGUCUCUGCGACACAAGAGUAAACAUACCUGAAUGUUCACUGCCCCAUCUCAAAACGUUUGAGUGGCGAGGAUACGAAGAGACACUUGAAAAUAGGAAACUGGCGUCUUACAUCUUAACAAACGCAAGCGGCUUGAAAUGGGCAUUAAUCUCUUCGGAGCUUAUUAUACAUGCGGAUAAGAAGAAAGAAUGGAUUCUCAAGGACCUUAUGCGUACGUAA